CGGGUUCGUAGUACUGCCGUAUGCACGUCGUCAGCAAAGCCGCACGCCGCACGGUGAGGAAUUAACUUGAAUCAGCGAUUGACACCACAUUAUAGUUCUCCUUCUUGGUAUCAGGUUUCCUUUCACCAGAUGAAAAUUCUUUCUUCGACUUUGACCAGAUCCUCGCUUCUUAAUCAGACCAUCUUCCACAGUCUUGUCUGCCAGCUUGUCUCUGCUAUGGGUCUGACCUUGGAAGAGACACGAAGGUCAUGGGCGAGGGCGGACGCUGUGUGCUUUGACGUGGACUCUACCCUAUUGGUGGAUGAGGCUCUGGAUGAACUGGCCAAGUUCUGUGGAGUGGGCAAAGAGGUACAGGAAUGGACCACAAGAGCAAUGGGUGGAGGAGUGUCUUUUAGAGAGGCCCUGGAGGCAAGGUUACAAAUCGUGAAACCCUCACGACAAAAACUGGAGGAAUUCAUUCAACAACAUCCCCCACAAUUCUCCCCUAAUAUUCGGGAACUUAUAGCAGAGCUCCAUAAAAGAAAUAAGCAAGUUUUUUUAGUGUCGGGGGGUUUCACUUCGAUCAUUCUGCCAGCAGCCAAAAUACUCAACAUUCCAGCACAAAAUGUGUUUGCCAACCAGAUCAAGUUCUACUUUGAUGGAGACUACGCGGGCUUUGAUGAGAACCAGCCUACAUCAUCCUCUGGGGGUAAGGCCAUUGUGGCAAGAAUAAUAAAAAAAGAACGUGGAGUCAAAACGCUAGUCAUGAUCGGUGAUGGAGCGACUGACAUGGAAGCCGUGCCUCCUGCUGAUGCCUUCAUUGGUUACGGAGGGAAUGUCAUCAGGGACAGCGUGAAACAGAAGGCAGCAUGGUUUGUGACAGACUUCAGGGACCUGAUCCAGGCUCUGGACAAUUGAUGUCAGUCGGUCAGCUGAUGAAUUUAUUCAGUUGAAAAAUUGAUGCAUAUUUUUGACUGGACAACUGAUGUACAUUUUUCAAGAACAUUUUUAACUGAAAAACUGAUGUACGUUUUCUCAUGGACAACUGCUAGACAUUUGCAACUGAACAAGUCUUAGGACAUUUUCAAAAGAAAUGCAGAUUGGUGAUUCAGCUAUUUGAUUACUAGACAACCCUAGAUUUUAAUAUAAGAGAUGUGAAUAAGGCAACAUUUAUGCUAAUAUAAAAAAAUAUAUAUAUAUAUAUAUGUAUGUAUAUAUAUUGAAGAAAAUUUUCAGUAUUAAUGUAUAUUUGUACUUUGUGUAUACUUCUACUUUUUUGCAUUAUUUAAACGAAUGUACACAGGAUGUGUACUGUUUUGAAUUCUCCUUUACGUGAACUAGCAGAUAAUUGCUGCAGAAACAUAUCAUAUCUGUUUUAUAUUUUUGACAAUGUGACUCAGAGUGUAUUUUUUAUAUUUUAUCUCAUAUACAUAUAAGUAAUAUUGUGUAUUGAUAUUUGUUUGAGAAGGAUACAGCACAGUGUGACAGUUUUGUUUGUGAUACUUUGAUUUUGGUCUGUUAUUAUCUACGCAGAUGUGUUUAUUAUUCUUUGUUAGUGUAUUCAGUUUGGUUGUAAUCAAUAUGAUGCAUGUUUAUGAUAUCAUAUAGGAAAUGUCUAUAAAGAAUAAAAUUUUAUAAAUUAA